GUAUUCAUUCUUCUUCUCAUGUUUCCUCAAAGGCUUUGGUUGGGUUGUAACAAAGUGGUACAACAGUUGCAAAAAAGUGGUACUCAAAAGACCGUCGCAGUAUAUUCUUCUACAACUCAACGCUAUUGUUUCGGACCUAUUGAAAGACUACCUAUUACUAGUAAGAAAUAUGGUCUUCCCAAUAAACUGUACAACUCCACUACCAGUCGGGUUCCUAUAACCAACCAUAAAAGUUGGGACGGUUUUCUUAGGAACUUUUCGACCGAUACCUCUUCUUCAGAUGGUGCUAAUAAUAAGGUUCCUGUGCCAGUUUCUCCUGUCAUCAAUGUUGAAGACAACCAAGGGAAUGAUAAUGGCGCAACCAAAGCUCCAAGAGAACUGACUCCCAAAGAAAUAGUUGCAGAGUUGGAUAAGUUUAUUGUGGGACAAACAGAAGCUAAGCGAGCUAUGGCCAUUGCACUACGAAAUCGCUGGCGUCGACACCACGUGGUCAAGGAACUUGCUGAUGAAGUUAUACCCAAAAAUAUCUUAAUGAUAGGUCCAACAGGUGUAGGAAAGACGGAAAUUGCUAGAAGACUGGCAAAACUUGUGGACGCGCCCUUUGUGAAAGUGGAAGCCACCAAAUAUACGGAAGUAGGGUUUCACGGAAGAGACGUCGAUCAAAUUAUCAGAGAUUUGGUUGAAAAUGCAGUUCAGAUGGUUAAGGCAAAGAAGAGAAGGGAGAUAAAGGAAACUGUUGAUAAGUUGGUGGAAGAGAGAAUAUUGGAUGAGUUGACUGGUCCUCAGGCCCGAAAAGAAACUCGAGAAAGUUUCAGAAAUUUGCUCAGAAAGGGAGCAUUGGAAGAUAGAGAGAUAGAAGUACCAGAAAGUGGAAAGAAUAAGUCUCCGCAUGUAGUACAGAUGGGAGACGUGAUGCCUGAAAUAUUCAACUUGGAAAAGAUAUUUACGAUGAGCAAGUCAGGAGGGAAGAAACGAAUGAAGGUAAAGGAUGCUCGUCAAGUUUUAGAAGAUAUGGAAUCAGACAAGUUAUUAAGCGAUGAGUCUGUGAUUCAACAAGCCAUUCAGUUGACUGAACAAGAUGGCAUUGUUUUUAUUGACGAAAUUGAUAAAAUUUGUACUCCUAAUGGAUGGAGAAGCGGUGCCGAUGCUUCUGCAGAAGGUGUUCAACGUGACUUACUUCCGUUGAUAGAAGGAAGUACAAUUUCCACCAAAUAUGGAAAUGUGGAUACUGAACAUAUACUCUUUGUUGCUUCUGGUGCAUUUCAUCAAUGCAAACCUUCUGAUUUGAUGGCUGAGUUACAAGGACGCUUGCCUAUUCGAGUUGAGUUGAAAGGAUUAUCGGAGAAUGAUCUUUAUCAGAUUCUUACGGUUCCUGUGAAUAAUUUGAUUAGACAACAAGUAGAGUUGAUGAAGACGGAAGGUGUGAAUUUGGUAUUUACUCCUGAUGCCAUUCGAGAGAUAGCUGCAGUUGCUGCUGAAGUGAAUACCAAUGUAGAGAAUAUCGGUGCUAGACGUUUAUAUACAGUUAUUGAACGUAUUGUAGAAGAUAUUAGUUUCAAUGCCCCUGAUUGGAAAGGCCAAACUGUAACUAUUGAUGCGCCUAGUGUGAAAGGAUCCCUCGGAGAUAUGUUGUUGAAGACAGAUUUGUCCAAGUUUGUAUUGUGAUAUGGAAAUAGAACCACAACAUAAUUAGAGUAAAUGGUUACUCUUCGUUUUUCUUCUGUUGGUUUUAAAAGCUUUUGACUCAUUUUGAACACUAUUCGUUUUCUUUUUUAGU